UAGAAAUUGCGUUGGCAUGUACAAUGUACAUAGAACGUAAAUAAUAUUACGCACUAAACGAGUGCUAAUAAAACGCGAAUGAAAGAUGUUGACGUUAAACACAAAUCAAUGAGGAAUACAAUGUUGUAUUGGAAAUGCAUUCUGUUAUUGUUAAAUGAAUUGAUAAAAAACUCAUUUCAAUCUAUCGCUGGUGUCACUUACAUGGACAAUUUCGAUUUUGAAGAUAGAUAUAGAGAUAUAAAUGAAUGCAAUCCCUUCUACUGGCACCCCCUCCAUCUUCCAGAAGCCUGUGCUGAAGUGUUCAAUAAAUUAAACCGCUCACGUGUAUCUUCGGCAGUACCAAUCAGAAUAAUGAAAAGAAACGAUUUGACAUAUCCUUUUGUUGAGUACCAAUCGGAUCCAAUCGAACCUAUUUACAAUACAGAUUUUGAUUACUAUAAAAACGCAUUGAUGUCACCAUAUGAAAAAAUGCUAUAUUUAAUGUGGAAGGACGCAAUCAAUUUACCAACUGCACCUAAAAUCACAACGCUGCCAUUUUUGGGCCCAGUCGCUUUGUACCAUCAGCCUAUUUCUAAAAAAAGUGAAGCGAUGGUAAAACAAAUUGCUGUAGCUUACUCUUAUCCUGGCAAUAAUUACAAACCAUUUUAUGUUAACAAUAAUACCACUGAAUCGCCCCCCAAAGAAGAACACACUCAAGAAGAAAAUAAUAAAGAUAAUGUAGAAAGAGCGAAGAUACCGAGGAAAAAGUAUUACAUUAAAAAGAGAAUAAGAAAUGGCAAUAUCUUAACUAUUUUAAAAACAAAACACAAUUAACAUGAAAGAAAAAAUAUAUUCCACUACAUUUUUGCAAUAUAGAAUAAUUAUGUAACAGGAUGCCCACCGACACAUUCCACCAUCGAAUUCAUAGUCAUACUUUAGGAUCCAAAUUAUUGCACUCAGUACAAAAUUUUGAGGGCAAGGGAUUGUUAAUAAUGGAGUCUAACAACCUAAUUGUUAGCAAUAUGCCUUAUCACGUCGACCUUCACGCGGUCCUUCCUGUAAUCUAUCGUAGUUAAUUAUUGUCUAAUUUGUCACGAUGAGCCAACUGAUAUGUUUUCAUUCUGACCUAUCGUCUCUCACUGGUGCCCCACUAGCGUUAAUACAUACCCAAUAGAGCAAGCGGGCUUACUGUUCCAUUUUCACUUAUUAAAAAUAGAAAACCUCACGAAAUAGAAUAUGAAUUGCUUAUGUAAAA